ACGUACACGUUACGAUGCCUCUAAAAAACGGACAAAUUUUGAUCAUCGCCGUACACGUGUUUGCGCUCCAAUUAAACAAUUCCUGUGUGUGUUUAAAGACAAAAUCCGAAUUUUCGUUUCGAUCAAUAACACCAAAUCCGAAAGCUAUGGCAGUUUCUAGAGAAAAACUCGAAAGCGUCGCAAAAAAAGAAUCUCCAGAUAUCCCGGAGGGUAAUAUUGGUGUAUUCGUGACCAACGCAACGUUUCCCUUAAAGACUGGUAUCAUGAAAGAGAAUUGUCCUGCCGUUCUGUGUGUUAUCCUUCAUCGCAAAGGAAAAAGGUCUCGUGCAACAUUUAACCGAGUAUUUUACAAAUUAUGUCGACGCUGCAAAAAAGAAUUUGAAAAAUUGACGAAAGACGAUGUGCAGAGAGAAAACGACAUUUUAAAUUAUGCGUCAAGGAAGCUGGUUAAAAGAGCUACGGAAGUUGGAACAAUGGAGCAUUUGGUGGAUCACACCGAACCGUCGAAUGAACCGGAAAUUACAACGCGCAACACGAGUCUCACAACAACACGAAGUUCAAUUUUAGAGUUUCCAGACGCUCCACCUGGAAAUCUCAUAAAAGUUCUAGAUUUGAAGCUGGAAGAGGGAUAUUUUCGAGUUUUUUCUGACUUAAUAGGAUAUUUACAACCCGCUUCGUUUCCUGUAGAUUUCCUAAAAGGCGUGUUGGAAAAUCAAAUACCGAUUCAUAUCCUCAUUUUCAAGGCAAUCAAGAUAGAAGGGCCGGUACUCUGUUGGCUCUUUGUUUGGUUAAUCUUGUCAUUGGCGCUGCCGUGCGCAAUUAUAGCGCAAACAUGUUGCAGCAAAAAGGGGAUACAGAGACUUCGCGAUGAUUAUUCAAUUACUUCUCGUUACACGGAUAAAUGGAUGAGGAAUCUUAAUACAUGUCUAAUGCACCUACUGCUGUUGCUACUACUAGGCAGCAUCGCGCUGAUGAUCACGGCAAAUGAACAAAUCUCACAAACAGCGACGACCGCUCCAAACAGAAUAAAAAUUAUGUUCGAAGAUAUUGAAACCUUUGUCGACAACACACAAUUUCAAAUUUCAUCUGUAACAACUUCAUCCAUACAAAUCGCCACGGAAGCUAUACACAGGGACUUGGAAGAUGGAGAGCAAUUAUUAGGAAAUCCGUUGCGGCAGGCACUUCAUGAUGAGACUGGCAUUGAAACGGCCAUUCAAGCACUCCCCGACUUAACCGCUGUUGCGGCAGACCUAUCCUUUCGGGUGGCGUCUCUUAUAAAAGAUUGCAAUAAAGCACGAAGCGCCGGAAAAAGCUUGCAGGGAAGUCUUACGGAGCUUUCUAAACUUUUAACGCUCACACGCCAGGAAUGUCUUCCCAGAGAUCGGCCACUUUGCGAUACUCUACAAACGCAACCGUUUGCAGUAACGAUUUAUGUGGAUCAACUUACUUCGGACUACCACCUUCAACAACUAGAGAAAAUGGGAACCAAUGAAAAUUUUAACAGAACAAUAGAAAUUUCACAAAGAACUUUUCAAGGAUUACCCAAGCGUGUGUCGUUAGAAACAGCUGCAUCCAGAACAGGUAAUUUGGAAUAUAAUAAAAACUUGCACCUGUUACACUUGUCUUACUUUCCGUGCGAACGAGAAGUCUCCGAAAUUAAAGUUACACAAAUUAUAGGACACUGUACCUAA